AUGGCAUCUAAAAGCACAUUAUCCUACGGCCAGCGAGCACAGGGCCACGCAAAUCCGUUGGUCCGGAAACUCUUCCAGAUUGCGGAAGAAAAGAAAACAAAUGUGGUGUUGUCCGCAGACUUAACUACCACCAAGGAGUUGCUGGCAAUUGCUGACAAUUUGGGCCCUUACAUCGCUGUGCUGAAGACACACAUCGACAUUCUAUCGGACUUCAGUCAGCAUACCAUUGACGGGCUGCUUGAGCUGGCCACGCGCCACAACUUCCUUCUAUUUGAAGAUCGUAAAUUUGUGGAUAUUGGAAAUACGGUGCAGAAGCAGUACAAGGGAGGCGCUUUACGUAUUCAUGACUGGGCUGAUAUCGUCAAUGCCAGCAUCCUUGCAGGCGAGGGUAUCAUCCAGGCUCUGGACCAGGUGAUCAAUGAGGGUGGAGCUGCAGAACGAGGCAUAUUGAUCUUGGCCGAGAUGACUUCUAAAGGGUCUUUGGCAGUCGGGGAGUACACUCGAGCGUCAGUCGAGAUCGCAAGAAAGUACCCUAAGAGUGUCAUGGGCUUCGUGUCAACCAAGGAACUGUCAAGCCACUCGCCUAAUUCGGCAGCCGAUGAGGAUUUUGUUGUGUUCACGACUGGUGUAAACCUCUCCAGCAAAGGCGACGCUCUCGGACAGCAGUAUCAAACUCCAACCACCGCCAUGGAAGGAGGAUCCGACUUCCUCAUUGCAGGAAGAGGAAUUUACGCAGCUGGAGACCCGGUGACGGCAGUGAAACAAUAUCAGAAAGCUGGCUGGGAGGCGUAUGAGCGCCGCAUUGCCAAAACCAGUGGAUGA